AGAAGAGUUUAUUUGCUUGGAGUUUUCAUGGCCUUUAUAUAUAUUUAAAAGUUAGCUGUGGGUUUCAUGGGGUUUUUGUUUUUGGUAGGCCAGGCGACAAACAACGUUAUUGUACCGUACGAAGUAUUUUCUUUGAAUGGCUGUUGGCUAGACAACACAGGAAAGGGUUAAUCCUAUUUUAUAAUGCAAAGCCGACUUGGAGACUUUUCCAUUUAAACCUGUCCUCCCUGUCGGUAGGGGAAUUUGGUUCUUUUGAUUUUUGCUCGUCUGCAGGAGAAGAUUUAACUUUACUCCAUGACUGACUCAGAGAAUGACGCAGAGUCCAAACUGGAAGCGGUCAUACAGAGGUUGGAAGAGAGCGUCCUCUCUGAGGAGAAGCGGCUGACGCUCCACGGCCCCUCCCCAGAUGCGCCGCCUGCCUGUCUGCCUGUGCGAGUGCGAGAAAUUGUCACCAAGAACCUGAGCGACAGCUCCACAGGAGGCAUGUCCUCACUCAUGUCCCUUCAGGAGGAGAACCGGGUGCUCCAAGGGGAGCUGGGGAGGCUGGAGGACCUUUUGGCCCACAGCAGAGCCGACCGCGAUGAGCUGGCCAUCAAGUACAGCGCCAUCAGUGAGAGGCUGGAGCAGGCUCUGCGUCUGGAGACGGGUGACGGCGAGCGCGACUCGCUGGAGUCCCGCAGCCUGACGCAGCAGAAUGUGGACCUGCGCAGGCGGCUGGACGAGGAGCAGGCCCAGUACAAGCGCAAGCUCACCGCCUACCAGGAGGGGCAGCAGCGGCAGGCACAGCUGGUGCAGAAGCUCCAGGCCAAGGUCCUGCAGUACAAAAAGCGGUGUGGUGAGCUGGAGCAGAUCCUGCAGGAGAAGAGCUCUGAGCUGGAGCGUCACCGACUCAACGGUCGAUGUGACUUGUCAAGCGAUCGACGAGAGGAUGAGGAGCCAUGCAGUGAUCUGGAGAGCGCCCUCAUAAGGCUGGAGGAGGAACAACAGAGAAGCAGUAGCCUGUCUGCUGUGAAUUCCAUGUUACGAGAACAGCUGGAACAGGCGAGUCUGGCCAAUGAGGCGCUUAGCCAGGACAUCCGAAAGCUCACGAUUGAUUGGACUAAAGCUCGAGAGGAGCUUGAACAGAGAGAAUCUGAUUGGAGAAAAGAGGAAGAGUCCUUCCACAGUUACUACAGCACUGAGCAUAGUCGGCUUCUGCAGUUAUGGAGACAGGUGGUGGGGUUCCGGAGGCAUGUGUAUGAGCUGAAGAGUGCUACAGAAAGGGACCUGUCGGACAUGCGUAACGAGCUGGCGUGGGCGUCCCACAGCGCCCAGUCCUCGUGUGCGGGGCUGACCUCGUCCCUGCACAGCCGCGAGGAGGGUCUGGCCGUGGCGCUGGAGCGUGAGUCUGCCCAGCGGGCCCAGCUGGAGCUGCAGCUGCGGGAGCACGUCAGCGACACCAUGACCCUGCAGGCCCGCGGAGACGCCGAGAGAGCCCAACUCAACGCCAGGCUGGUGGAGGCGGUCAGGGAGAUGGAGAGGCUGAAGGCCCAGAAUGAGGACAAGGAGCAGGAGAUCUCCUCCCUCACCAGGAGACUGGAGGACCAGAGUGGGGUGGAGGGCUCCGAGCUGCAGGCGGUCCGGUCUCAGACGGAGACCUUACUGGACACUCUCAGGGACAUAGCUCAGACCAUGCUGUCAGAUGGAGAAUCUGGAAUGUUCUCUGACUCGCAGGAUGGAGAAGCCAUCAAUUCCUCUCUCAUGCCCCUGCUCAGGGCCACCUCCCCACAGCGGUCAGCUUCACCUCGACGACCCUCCUCCCCACGCCGGGCCUCCACCAUCCCCCUUCCUGAGGCCAGCCUGUCUGCUCUACGCUCAGCUGUGUCCAGCAAACAGCUCCAGCUGCAGGAGAUCCGCGGGCGUCUGCUCUCGGUGCAGUCGUCGGUGCAGCAGCUGCGCAGGCAGCUGGCGGAGGCGGAGUCGGGGCGGCGGGAUGCGGAGCUGCGUGUGCAGGCGCUGCAGGGCGAGCGGGACGAGGCUCUGCGGGAGAGGGAGACGGCGCAGAGGGAGCGGGAGCGCGUCCGCCAGGAGAGGAGCACACUCAUCAGAGAGAAGGAUGGUACGGAAAAAGCCUUGCAGGCGGCGCAGACCAAAGUGCAGCUGCUGCAGCUGGAGAGUGAGAAGCUGCAGAUGGCCCUGAGCUCCAGCCAGCGCGAGAGAGACCACGAGAGGGAGGAGAAGGAGGCCGCCGCCCAGGAGCGCGAGCGCACCAAGACCGAGAUGGACAAGAUCCAGAGGCAGUGGGAGCAGAGUGAGGGCCGGGCCUCUGGCCACCGCAUGGAGCUGACCGCUGUGCGGGAGACACACCAGCAGGGUCUGGUGGAGAAGCAGAUGCUGGAGGGAGAGAGGAGCCAGCUGACCGAGGCCCUCGCCAAGGCGGAGUCUUCCAACGCUGAGUUGACCCUGCUGGUGAAUAAGCUUCGCUCCGAGGAGGCCGGCCUCCGCGACUCACUGGCCAAGAUGAGCAGCCUGAACGAGGGCCUGGCCCAGGACAAAUCUGACCUCAACAGCAUCGUCAAUCAGCUGGAGGAGGAGAAGAGCCACCUGCUGUCCCAGAAGAGGGAGGCCGAGCAGGAGAAGCUGACCAUCCGCGAUGAGCUGGUCCGGCUGGAGCAGGACCGAUUGGAGCUCGACACCGCCCGUCUGGCCCUCCACCAAUCACUGCAGGAGGCGGAGCUGGCCAGGGUGGGCAUGGAGACGGAGCUCCAGACUGUCAAAACUGAAAGAGCAAGACUGCAGGACAAAGUCAUACAGCUGUGUGCGGAGGUGAGUGCCCUGGAGGCGGCGCUGGGCACGGCCCAGGGAGAGGGCGAGAGGCAGGGCGUGGCCCUGGAGGAGGUGGGCCGGGGCCGCGCCGAGCUGGCCAAGGAGAGGGCGGGACUGGUGGUCCAGCUGACCGCCUCCGAGAGAGAGAACGCCUCGCUGACCGAGGAGCUGACUGCGCUCAGGACUGAUAAAGAGGCUCUGGAGACCAGCCUGUUUGAUGUGCAGCAGCAGUUCCUGCAGCUGGAGUCUCAGAAAGAGCAGCUGGAGGCCGAGACCCACAACCUGCGUCUGCGCCACGACACCAGCACAGUGGAGCUGAAGCGCAUGCGGGCAGAUAAAGACAACGUGCUGGGGCAGUGUGAGCGCGAGAGAGAGGCCUUCCUGCAGAACCUGGCCUCUGCACAGCACGAGCACCAGCAAGCCCUGCGCAGUGCCCUGGCCAACCACCAGGAGGAGGCAGAGAGACUCACUGCUGAAAAGGAGGCGCUGCAGCGCUCCCUGGAGGCGGAGCGCGAGGUGGCGCUGCGGAAGACGCGGGAGGAGUGUGAGGAGCGGGUGCAGCGGGCGGAGCAGGAGAGGGAGGCGCUGCAGGAGGAGGUGCGCGCGGUGCAGCGCGACCGGGACCAGAGCCUGCUGCAGGCCGAGACCGAGAAACAGCAGGCGCUGUCUCUGAAGGAGACGGAGAAGGCGGUGCUGUCGGAGCGCGUGUCCACUCUGCAGGCCGAGCUGGCCGUAGCCACCCUGGAGGUGGAGCGACUGAGUCGAGAGGCAGGCCACGCUAAAGAGAUGGAGAGGGCCACCGUAGCGGCUCUCAACACUGAGCUGGACGAGGUGCGUGCCCAGCUGGAGGAGACGGCCAGCUCGUACGGCCGAGAGCUGCGGAGACUCCAGGACAGCAGCGCUGACCAGCAGACCUGCACGGACACGGCCCUCAAGGAGCUGGAGGAGUGUCGGGCGGCCCUGUCGGCCAGCGAGGAGAGCCGUGACGUGGUGCGGCGGGAGCUGCUGGAGCUGGAGCGGCGGCUGUGCCAGACGCGGGACGCGGGCGAGGGCCACCGGCGGGACACGGUGGAGCUGCGGCGCUCGCUGGGCGACGUGACGCGCGAGAGGGACACGCUCAGCCAGUCCAACGCCCAGCUCAGGGAGGCCCUGCGCUCCGCAGAGAGCGAGAGGAUCAGUGUGAAGCGGCAGUGUGAGGAGAAGGAGCAGAGGGUGAGUGUGCUGGAGGAGAGCCUGGCGUCUGCGCAGAAGGAGGUGUCAGAUCUGCGCAGCUGUCUGCGCGAGGUGGAGCGCUCACGACUGGACGCCCGGCGAGAGCUGCAGGAGCUGCGCAGACAGGUGAAGGUGCUGGAUGGGGAGCGGGAGCAGAGGAGCAGGGAGGUGGCCGAGCUCCAGACGCGCCUCUCUCUGGAGGAGCAGAGGGAGGAGGAGAGGGGCAGGGAGCUGUUCACUCUCAAGCAGAGAAUCAGCGAGGCUGAGACCACCAAGACCACCAUCAAGAAGGAGCUGAGCGUGCUGCAGCGGCGGCUGGCGGACUCUGAGAGCGGGUGGCGCGGGUGUGAGCGGGAGCUGUCGGCGCAGCUGCAGGAGGCGCGUGGCGGCGAGAAGAAGCUGCAGGACGAGGCGCGUAACCUGGCGCUGCGGGCGCAGGCGGCACAGGAGACCACGGCGCAGGCCCAGCUGCAGCUGAGCGAGGCCCAGGGCCGGCUGGGCGCCACCGAGGCGGAGCUGGCGCGGGCCGAGGCCGGGCGCCGCGACCUGGAGUUCCGCAUCAGCAGCCUGCAGUCGGCGCUGACCCGCACGCUGGGCAUCGGGGUCGGAGGUCGCACGAGCAGGGGCCGCAGUCCGGCGGGCAGCAGCAGCGCCGCCACCUCCCCCAGGGCCAGCAUGACCAUGCUACGCCACCGCAGCAGCUCCCCGCUACGCGCCUCAAUGUCGCCCCCUAAAGAUGUGGGCCGCAACACGACUCCAGACAACAGCGUGAGCUCUCGGCCACUGUCCCCAGACAGAGGGGACACGCCACUGCCCCUCGCCCCGUCAGAGCUGGACCCUGAGGCGCUGCGCUCUGGCCUCCGAGACUUCCUGCAGGAGCUCCGCGAGGCACAGAGAGACAGGGAUGAGGCGCGUGGCCAGUUGGGUGUGGUGCAGCGUGAGCUGGAGGACGCUACAGCAGAGAGGGAUUCUGCCCAGAGCCGUCUCUCACAGCUGCACAGCUCACUACAGGACUACCAAGAAGUGAAGCGUGAUGUGGAUGGGAAGCUGAGCUCCUCUCAGGCCCUGCUGCAGCAGCAGGAGGAGGCGAUGAGGAGGGGGGAGAGGGAGCGGAGAGUCCUCACCGACCGCAUCAGAGAGCUCGAGAGAAACGUGCACAACGCCGAGGCUGAGAGGAAACACACACAGGAGCAGCUGAGUAAGCUGCGUGCGGGGGAGGCGCGCGUGGAGGCUGAGCGGCGGCGCCUGAGGGAGGCGCUGGAGGCGGCGGAGGCGCGGUCCACACGGCUGGAGCUGGGCAGGAGGAGCCUGGAGGGGGAGCUGCAGAGGGUGCGCCUCAGCCAAGGGGACCGGGAGGCCGAGAGCCAGGCCUCACACGAGCGCCACGACGGCCUGCUCAAACAGGUGGCUGAGUCAGAAGCCCGCGUGUCCUCGCUGCAGCGGGAGGUGGAGCGUCUGGGCCAGCUGCUGACCAAAGCGCAGGAGAGCGAGAGCAGCCAGCGGGAGCGCGUGCAGAGUCUGGCCCAGAGCCUGCAGGAGGCCACCGCCGCCCACAGCGCCACCCAGGGGCGCCUGGCCACACUGCAGAAGAGCCUGGGCCUGGCCGAGCAGGAGCGCCGGCAGCUGCAGGACCGUGUGGAUGGAGUGCGGGCAUCUCUCUCUGAGAGCAAGAGGAGUGUGUCCACCCUGACUGAGCGCGUGCAGAGCCUGCAAGCUGAACUGACCCAAAGUGAGCUACUCAGGACAGAACUGGAGGCAGAGCUCUCCAACACUCAAGAGGCCCUGCGGCUGCGUGUGUCCAGUCUCAGCGAGGCCCAGCGCAGUGCCCAGGCUGCGCAGAUGGAGCGGGCCACCACAGACGAGCGCCUGCGCAGCCUGCAGAGGGCCCUGGCCGUGCUGGAGACGGAGAAGAAGGACGCCGAGAGACAGGCCGUGCGUCUGGAGAAGGACAAGAACGCGCUGAGGAACACCUUAGACAAGGUGGAGCGCGAGAAGCUGAAGUCGGAGGAGGGCAGCAUGCGUCUGACCGCUGAGAAGGGACGCCUUGACCGCUCCCUGACCACCGCCGAGCAGGAGCUGCAGGACGCCCAGAGGCAGAUCACUCUGGUGCAGGCACAGCUGGCAGACAUGGAGCAGGCUCAGACCGUGAGCGAGAGCUCGGCGCGGCAGAGGGACGAUGUCCAGCGGGAGAUGGAGCGCCUGCGGCUGGCCCAGAGGGACGCCGAGCGCACGCUGGCCGCCAGGGAGAGGGCCCACCGCCAGCGCGUCAAGGGCCUGGAGGAGCAGGUGUCCACUUUGAAGGAACAGCUGCAGCACGAAAUCCGGCGCCGCCAGCCGCCAUCUUUGACCCCCUUACCUGGAGGCAUCUGAGAGAGGCUGUGUCCUGCAGGACACGGAGGAUAUAGCAGGUGCCUCUGAGCGCCAGCUGCAGGAACACUAUCAUACUUUAGGUUCUGACCCACUCAUGGCUAUAAUGACCAAAACUAGCACCAGCAACUCAGACUGGACACAAACUAUUCACCCUUUGGAAAGAUUGUGUUUGUUGUACUCAGGCUGAGGAUAUGAACUUUUCCAUGUAUUCCUGAAAUUGGAGCCAUUGAACAAUGUUACUGUGUGUUGAAUAACUUUGUUGUCAAAACUUGAAUUAAGGUAGAUGAAGUGCAACAGGAAUAGCAAUGCACUGUGCACAAAAUGACCACUGGAUAUUAGAACAUAAUCUUCGGUGUGUUUGAUAAAUAUAGAAAAUGCCACUACCAUAGGACAUAUCAGUAAUAUUAUAUUGUGCACUAUACUAACUCUGUAACGGGUCUUUCAUGUUUACAUCUUAUCCAAAUACUAACGACCAUUCUCUAACAUGAAAUUAAAUGACAUUCCAGUUGGAUUUCAAAGGGACUUGAAGAAGAAAUGACCAAUUAAACACUAGAGUUUGAUAUUUCA